AUGAAGUUCUCCAACACACUCAUUAUGGCUGUCGCUGCCUCCAUGCCUGUCUCCGCCACUUUCGGCACUGGCUUCAGAUGGGGAGGUAAGGGCAAGUGGUCCGACGAGGACUGCGAUGACGGAUUUAUUCAACCUCCCCCUCCUUCUCCCCCUAAGCCUCAGGAAACUGACUGCGACGAGUUCCCUCCUUCUCCUCCCUCUCCCCCUCGGCCUUGGGAGACAGACUGCGAAGAGACCCCCAUUGUUCCCAAGCCCCCUUCUCCUUGGGAGGACUGCGACACUACCACCACUUCCGUUGUGGCCAAGACCACCACUCCCAGCAUUCCCGAGCGGCCCCAGAAAGCCACCUCUACUGUUCCUCUGAUUCCCCAGAUUAAAACAAACAGCAUCAAGACUUCUUCUCCCCCCAAGAAGACAAAGCCUGUGCCCACUAGUUCUGUCCCCGUUCAGACUUCUCCCGACCCUUCUUCUCUUCCUCCCAAGAAGUCCAAGCCUGUCACUUCUAGCACUACUCCUGUUUCUACUCCCGUUGAGUCCAAGACUGUUCCUUCCAGCACAGCAUCCACUCCCGUCGAGUCCAAGCCCGUUCUCAGCACCACUCCCGUUAAUUCCAAGCCGGUGCCCAGCAACACAACCCCCGUCAGUAUUGUUUACACCACUGAUUACACCACUGUCUUCACGACUAUCCCCUGCACCACUGGUGGCCCUCCUUCUACUGUGUGGCAGACAAUCCCCUGCACUACCACCGAUGUUCCCCAGUCUUCCGAGACUCCCGAGAUUCCUCAGUCUGAGGCCCCCAAGUCUUCUGAGGCCCCCAAGUCUUCUGAGGCCCCCAAGUCUUCCGAGGCCCCCAAGUCUUCCGAGGCCCCCAAGUCCUCCGUGAAUCCCAAAUCCUCUGAAACUCCUAAGACCUCCGAGUCCCCUAAGUCUUCUGAGGUUCCCAAGCCUUCCUUCCCCGUUAACGGAACCAUUCCCGUGAUCUACACCACUGUGUUCACCACUGUCCCCUGCACCACUGGUGGACCUCCCUCUACCGUCUGGAAGACUGUCCCCUGCACCGAGUGUGAAGUUCCUCACGUGACAACUGAGGUCGUUAAGCCUAGCUCUGAGGUUCCCCAGCCCACCUCCAAUGUCCCCAAGCCUUCUUCUGAGGUUGAAAAGCUCUCCUCUACUCCCGUUGAGGCUUCUUCUACUCCCGUUGUUCCUCAGCCCACUUCCGAGGGCCCCAAGCCUUCCUCUGAGGUUCCCGAGCCUUCUUCUGAGGUUGAGAAGCCCUCCUCUACUCCCGUUGAGACUUCUUCCACUCCCGUUGUUCCCCAACCCACCUCCGAGGUCCCCAAGCCUUCUUCUGAGGUUGAGAAGCCUUCUUCUGAGGUUGAGAAGCCUUCUUCUGAGGUUGAGAAGCCCUCCUCUACUCCCGUCGAGGCUUCUUCCACUCCCGUUGUUUCUCAGCCCACUCCCGAGGCCCCCAAGCCUUCCUCUGAGGUUCCCGAGCCUUCUACUCCCGUCGAGGCUACCUCCACUCCCGUUGUUCCCCAACCCACCUCCGAGGUCCCCAAGCCUUCUUCUGAGGUCCCCGAGCCUUCUUCUGAGGUUGAGAAGCCCUCCUCUACUCCCGUCGAGGCUUCUUCCACUCCCGUUGUUUCUCAGCCCACCUCCGAGGUCCCCAAGUCUUCUUCUGAGGUCCCCGAGCCUUCUUCUGAGGCCCCCAAGCCUUCUUCCGAGGUUGAGGAGCCCUCCUCCACUGCCCCCGUCGUUCCCCAGCCUUCUCCUGAGACCACCAAGGAGACUCCCGAGACUCCUAAACCCACCGGAGAAACUCCUGCUCCUUCUCCUGAGACUCCCGAGGUCCCUAAGCCUUCUCCCGAGAACCCAGAGACUCCUAAACCCACCGGAGAAACUCCUGCUCCUUCUCCUGAGACUCCCGAGGUCCCUAAGCCUUCUCCCGAGAACCCAGAGACUCCUAAACCCACCGGAGAAACUCCUGCUCCUUCUCCUGAGACUCCCGAGGUCCCUAAGCCUUCUCCCGAGAACCCAGAGACUCCUCAGCCCACUGGUGAGACACCUGCUCCUUCUCCCGAGACUCCCGAGACUCCCGAGACUCCCGAGACCCCCAAGCCUUCUCCCGAGACUCCCGAGAGUCCCGAGACUCCUGAGACUCCCGAGACCCCCAAGCCUUCUCCCGAGACUCCCGAGAGUCCCGAGACUCCUGAGACUCCUGAGACUCCUGAGACUCCUGAGGCCCCCAAGCCUUCUCCCGAGGCUCCUGCCCAGACUGAGGGCAACCCCUCUCCUUCUGGAGGCGCUGGUACUGUCCCAACCACCACGCUGUCUCCCGUUGUUUCCCAGCCUCCCCAGGCUGGUGGAAGUAACACUCCCGAGCACCCUCCCCAGGCUCCUUCCGGAUCUGCUCCUCCCGUCCAGGCCAACAGCGCCAACAAGAUGGCCAUCCCCGCUCUUGCAUUCGUCUGUGCUUUUGCCUGUCUCCUGUAA